AUGAUGCUUGUUCAUACGGUAUAUGUCAUCCACUCCCGCCUUCAACCCUGCAAAUCCACAAAUCCCGAACUCCAGGAAAACUUCGACCACAUGGAGGCUUCAACCCCACAACAAAUUCCACCCACUGCAAUAUUUGUGGAUAAUUUGAUCCAGGAAUUGGCCGAGUUUCACUCCCUCACCACUCAUACCGAUGAGCAUGACCCGCCAAGAACGCAAGGGCCUCAUGAGAGGGAACAACCAAACCCACUCUCAGGACUUCCGGCAUCAAACAUCAUAAGAGUCAAGCCACUAAUGCUUACCUUACAUUGCUUAUUCUCCAAUGACCUACUUCCAGCCCUGGACAUCCUGGACCGCAGGCUCGUGCGUCGCCUGGUACGCGAGGAGAGAAUCAAAAUAACCACAUCGCCCGGACAAGACGACGGCUUGACAGCAGAGCACCAGAACACGGAGCAAGCAGAAACUUCGUACACAAGUACCCAUAAGUCUCCGCCAGAAGAUAUCUUCUUUGUCAUAUCCGCUUCAACUGCCCCACUCCACGGGACUCCAUCGUCUGCCUUCCUUACCCAGGAACUUAUCAAAGGGUACGAGGUCCGCUUGCAUGCGUGGGCUUGUACCUGUCCCACGUUCACCCUCGCGGCAUUUCGUGACAUUCAGUCCAGAACGGGUGUCUCUGAAGAACCUUAUUCUGGCUCAGGACUACGAAACUGUGAACCCGGUUGCUAUCCAUUUGGUGGGACUCUCACCUGUGUCACGGACAGGGGUUCACCCCCGGUUUGCAAGCAUAUAUUAGCUUGUAUUCUGCUGGCUAGAUGUCCUGGCCUGUUUGGGGAAAUUGGAGAUGACGGGCACCCGGUUUCUAUGCAAGAAUUGGCGGGUUGGUGUGCCGGUUGGGGCGGAUAA